ACGCCUGUGGCGGGAAAAGAAGACAGCUUCGUAUAGCAGUGAUAAGGGCGUUCUUUUCCGAAAAAUAAACUAUAAACGAAGAUGGUCGAAGGUCCUGGUUGCACAAUGAACGGGGAGAGGAUCCGUUUCAAGGUCCAAGACUAAAAGAGAUCAGAGGUAGCAUGUUCACGGCGAAGGUAUGUUGUUUUACAUAUUCCAUAACAGACUCCAAUGAAGUACUGUCAUGGAAACUACUUUCCGCAUCGCUGAGCUGCUUACUUCCGGAAACAGUGGACUGCGCAUGCGUCAAAUUGAAACGACUGUGGCGGGAAAAGAAGACAGCUUCGUGGAGCAGUGAUAAGGUCGUUCUUUUCCAAACAAUAAACUAUAAACGAAGAUGGUUGAAGGUCCUGGGUGCACAUUGAACGGGGAGAAGAUCCGUUCCAGGGUCCAGAAAGGACAAAGACUGAAGGAGAUCAGAGGUAGCAUGUUCACUGCGAAGGGAAACGACCCGCAGAAAAACAGCGCCAUCCAACGACUUAAAGGUUGUCAGUACACCGGCGUGGACACCCUGGGGAAGGAACUCUUCCUGUAUUUCGGUCCGACAACGUUAAGAGUCCACUUUGGCAUGAACGGCUCGAUGCGAAUCAACGCUGCAGAGAGGAAACCCAUCAGCGGGUCACAGCCAGUGCUGGACAUACACCUGACUAACGACACAGUUUCAUUCUUUGACAGCACGGUGGAAGUGAGGUUGACAGACGACUGCGAGCAGAGGCUGAGAGUUCUUCAGGCCCUGGACGUGUGUUCCCCGAAGUUCAGCUUCUCGUGCUCAGCGGAGGCAGUGAGGCGCCAAGGAGGCAGGAUGCUCUGCGACGUCCUCCUCGACCAGGCCGUCAUGCCUGGAGUCGGCAACAUCAUUAAAAACGAAGCCCUGUUCGACGCGGGCCUACACCCGGCCGUGAAGGUUGAGCAGCUGUCGGAGGAGCAGGUCCACCACUUGGUCAAGAUGACGCGUGAUUUCACUGUUCUCUUUUACAAGUGUCGCAAGUCUGGCUCACCCCUGCACAAACACUACAAAGUCUACAAGCGUGCCCAGUGCCGCCAGUGCGCCCGCGUCGUCACAGUAUGUCGUCUUGGCGACAAUGGCAGGAUGACGUACUUCUGCCAACACUGUCAGAAGCAGGAUGCCAGAAGUGUGAAUGUCAGUAAACUUCCGGCCAGGAACAGUCUGAUUGGCUGGGCCACCAGAGCCAACGGCGCAGCCAAUGAGAACGUGGCGAGGAAGGAGGAAGAAGACUGGCAUUGUCACCUGUGCACCCUCAUCAACCGGCCCACCGCCAACACCUGCGACGCCUGCCUCACUCCCAGGGCUCAGGUUCACAAAGAGGACGCCGUCACUGACGCAUCGCCGCUUUCCGCCACCAGCCUGGUGAGGUACCCCUGCACCGCCUUCAGGAAGCCUCAAGAGGAGCGCAAACUCAACUGGCGCUCCGCAUUCGGGACUUCCACUCUGCUUUUCUCAGACUUGAGCGAGAAGCCAAGGCCCGCAAACUCCCCGCUGUCCCCGCUCGGCAGUCAUUUGAAUUCCACGCCGCCCGAGCGAGAAGGCCUGUUUAAACCCGGCGCCUGCCAGGGGACGUCGGGCCCCAAUUACACCUCUGGUGGCUGGCAGAGGCAGCAGGCCCGGCCGCCCGGUGGGGAAACGCUGGCCUCGUACAGUCAGCCGUCCAAGAAAAUGAGAAUUGAUCACGGUUCUUCUCCGGGUAACAAAUCAUAUGCACACACAACAGAAGGGACACCUUGUUGUUCAUCCCAUGGCCACCCGACUCUUCUCCGAGUGGUCCGCAAGGACGGGGACAACAAGGGACGGCAGUUUUACGUCUGCUCGCUGCCCAGAGAGGCUAAAUGUAACUUCUUUGAGUGGGCUGACUUGCACUUUCCUUCCUGUCACCAUGGCAAACGAUGCUUGAUGAGGACCGUCCUCAAGCUGGGACCCAACAAUGGCCGCAACUUUUACACCUGCAGCUUGCAAAAGGGUAAACAGUGUGGUUUUUUCCAGUGGGUGGAAAACGGACCCGGUGUAGCUAUCUUGCCGGGCUGCUAAAUACAAUUUAGUGGAAUAAAAAUAAUGUAAUGUAUUUGAAAAAACAAAAAAAAACACAGAUGCAUGGUUAUUAAAUAUUAUGCGUAGACUAUAUAUAUACAUUUUCAUUACCCAAUCAAUGGACUGUCAUCAUGAGAAUGUUUUUACACUUUUAUUAAAGGCUGUAAAUUGCUCCCAAUGAUUUCAUGAAUAUAUGUCUUAAUUAAAAACAUCUAUGUGAAAAGAUCUGUCAAAGCAAUGAGAAAUCAGUGCAUUGUAAAGUGACGAAAAAAAACAAACAAACAUUAAAAGCAGUCCACGGACUUGAGAAGCGGCGUGUUGGACUCUGCGUUCGACACCAUGUAGUGAAACUGCGUGAAGCCGGGGACCUUGUUACAUGCUGCACCUUUUUUUCCAAGAGAAAAGACAUGAGAAUUAAACUAAAAAUAAUA